UCUUAAUAAGAAUGAAACAUAUAGUGUGGCAUUAGUAGUAUUACUGAAGUUUUAUAGUUUCGAAGUCGUAAUAAGAAUGCAAAGAGGAAGGUGAUUAUGUGAUAGAAACAAGCAAAAAUUACAGAAUGUUUAGUAAUACUAUAAUUUGCACUAGAUUCUUUAAUGAUUAAGGAAUAAAUGAAGAUGUGGAUAUAUUUGACAUAUAUCUAAUUUACAAAGAAGUAGAAAAUAAGAAAUAUUGAGUAAAAAUUUAUCACAUGCUGAAGAGCAAGUACAAGUGAUUCUGAAAAAUAAAGAAAAUCAGGAGAAAAUGUCGAAUCCUGAAAUCAACAAGCGUGAUCAUAGUUACAGUGAAUCAAAAUCUCAAUAUGCCAACAACGGUACCACUAGCAUCAGCUUAAUAUCUCAAACAGGAUCUGUUGUGGGUCAAAUUCGAGAUAUAAAUGAGCUAAAGAAGAUUACGCCUCGUGUCCGUUUACAAGACACCGAGAGCUUAAAUGAGUUGACCAGGAUUUCAUCUUUAAGUAACAGCAAGUUACAGCAAAAUAAUACAUCCAUCCUUGAAAGGACACGACAAGAACUGAAAAAAUAUUGUCGUACUUGCGCUGGUCUAAAACUACCUUUGGUGGAUAUCUUUAGUGAAAAAGGCAUCAAACUGCGAUUGAGUCAGCAAAUCAAGCAUCUCGAAGUUAAUCCUUAUGAUGGUCUGUCCACACAGAUGUGCAUGGAUUGUAUCUGCGACCUUAGAAUGAGUUAUAAAUUUUUCAUGCAGAUAAAGAAAGCUGAAAUAAAACUAAAAUCUAUCCAUGUCAAUCUCACGACUGAUAACGCUGCGAAAAAAGUAACAUCGAUCAACGAUUCUUUAAUAGUACAAGAGGAUAAACAGCCAUCUUAUUCAGAAACAAAUUCAAAACAUCAAAUAGCCUCUGUAAUUCAACAAAACCCACCUUUAUUAUCAACAGAAUACGUAAACCAAGAAAUUCUUGAAAAUCAAACAGAUAAUUCUGUUCCUAAAAUCUGUGCUAUUUUUUCAUUAAAUGAAUCAAAGAUGGGACAUGAUUUUGAGAUGGAGGAGAAAAAGGAGAAGGAAAAGGAGGAAGAAAACAAAGAUAAAGAGGAGAAAGAGGUUAUAGAGAUAGGAGGAGGUAUAUUCGAGGAAGUUCCAGAAGGAGAAGAUGAAGAAUCUAUUGAAGAAUUUGAUCCCGAAGAUCCUGCGCUCCUGGUAGAUGAAGAAGAUGAUGAAAAAUCCCUCAAAACUGUCUACAAGUAUGAUAUGGUAGCAGAUUCUUAUGUGAAAGUGGAAGGAAAUGAGGGGAUUUCUAUGAAAUCUGAUGUCUCCCAGACUUCAGAGAGUGAAAAUCAGAAAGAGGGAAUGUGGCAGCCGAAUAUCUUGAAAAGAAAACUAAUACCAAUGAUAACGACAAAGAAUGGAAAGGAAGAUGAGAUACAAAAUAUAGUAGAGAAACACAAGGUGCAAAAGUUAGAUACGACCAGUCUCUUGAAUAUGACUAAUCCUACAGAAGAAGAAGGAAUUAUGUAUGUAACUGUAAAGGGAUCAAAACCAAAUGAGAUUCUUCUGGUAAAGGUCAAGAAAAUGGACAAACCUACGGAACAAAAGCGCACAGUAGCGCCGCCAAUCUCUGCUGAUCUAAAACCUGUGGAGCGUUUUCUCAAACGUUAUGAAACACUGACGAAGGAUUUUUCAUCUCGACGCCCUGAUGCUCGUGAACAAAUAAUUGAGGAACAAAUCGAAGAAUAUAAAAAGAAACGAGAAAAAGUUCUUGGAGAUCAGGCGUCAAAAACGUACACUAUAAAUGAAACGCAAAAAGAAGUACAAGAAGAAGAAAUUUCUAUCAUUUCAGACUUGGAAAGGGCAGAAGAAGAAGUGAUAGUUGUGAAAGAAGAUGAAGAAGUUGAGAUGAAUGAAAAGGAGAAAGCGAAAGAGGAGGAAAAGGAAAUAGAAGAAGAGGAAAAGCAGAAAAAGGAAGAAGAGAAGAUGGAAAAAGUUGAAAAGAUUGAGGAAAGUCAAGAAAGGAUUAGUGAUAAUACAGAAGAACAUUUAAAGUUAUUGAAAAUGAAAAAAUUGGAAGACAUAAAGUGGAAAAAAGAAAUUAAGCAAAUUAAGCAGAACGAAUUAUGUAGCGAAGAGAAUUUGGAAAAAUUAACAAAAGUUUUGGGAAAAACGGAAAAUCUACAGGAAUUUCUUGAGUAUCUCAAGCUGCGUAAAAUUGUUCUUACUCGCCUCAAGGACGAGGACAUAAUUUCUCUUUAUGAGGAUCGAUUCUCCACGAUUAUAAAAUCAUCAUCUAAAUCGGAUCCUAUCAAUACUCAACCUUCUAUCGACUUUUUUUCCGAAGAGAGUUAUUUAGAUUGCGAUUAUUGUUCCAAAACUUUCUCCAAUCGCGAUAUCCUUGAAGAACAUCUCAAGUCUCAUGACUACCGUAUCCUUAAUUGUUGUGAUGAUUGCGGGGAGGAAUUUCAAACUAAUAAAGCGAAAAGAAAUCAUAAUAUGAUUUGUCUGAAAAAAUUCAUUUGCAAAUAUUGUGACAUAAUCCUAGAUUCCAAAGGAAAAAAACGUCAACAUGAACAGAAACAUGUUGAUGCUCUUUACGGUCAACUUUGCGAGAUUUGUGGUGAAAGAUUCAAACAUCAAGGAACUCUGGACCAGCAUCAGAAAACGCAACACACGAGUUUGGAGAAGAUUUAUCAAUGUCCGAAGUGUCCAAAAAAAUUUGCUUUCAAACAAAAACUGAGCUUUCAUCUAAAGUCUGUUCACACAACUUUAAGAGCGUAUCUUUGUGAGGAUUGCGGUGCGGAUUUUAAGAAUCCCGCGAGUUUAAGACAUCAUAGAAUCAGAAAACAUCAACCGGUUGGAAAUAAGAGGGAAUGUCCAGUUUGCAGGAAAUUAGUGCCGUUUUACAGUUUGUCAAAACACAUGCACACACAUAAAGCUUACAGUAUCCAGUGUCCGCAUUGCGACAAAAUGUUCAAAAACAGCUCGACUUUGAAGCAGCAUGUGAGAAUUCACGAAGAUCAAAGGCAAUUUCGUUGUGAUAUUUGCGGCGUUGGAUUUAAUCGGAGGGAUGGUUUGAGGCUGCAUUUAAGAGUUCACGAAAAAAAGGGAAGUAGAGGCUUGAAAGAAUGUUCCUGCCAAGUUUGUGGGGAGAAGUUCCCGAAUCAUUCGACUUUAGUAAUUCACAGGAAUAGAGAGCAUAAGGAUGGAAAGCAGUAUACAUGUAACAUUUGUAAUAGAUCAAUGAUUUCGACGAGAUCGCUCGAGUGGCACAUGUCACAUAUUCAUAACCAGUCAAUGCCAGGUAUUACCCAAGACGCGUCUGGUCUGCCCGAAAAGAAACGGGUUUGCUGCUAUCAUUGCAAUAAAACAUUUAAGACGGAGCUGAUACUUCGUACACAUAUUAAAAAUACGCACAUGGAAAAAGACCCGAUGAAAUGCACCGACUGUGAGGCUAUUUUCACAUCCGAUGUACGUCUGCGUCAUCAUUUGAUGGUUGCGCACAAUCGUCUCGAGGGUACUUUGGCAUGUCCUCACUGUCCAAAACGAUUCGUGAAUCAAUUACGGCUAAAGACUCAUAUGAUCUCCCAUUCUGAGGAAAGACCAUAUACUUGCGAGAUUUGUGGUUUCAAUUUGAAGACAAAAAUUCAGCUGAUCAAGCAUCAUCAAAACCGACACAGCGACGAGAGACCCUUGCAGUGCAGAUACUGUCCUUGGCGAUGCAAGCAAGUGAGUGCUCUCGUAUGUCACGAGCGUACGCAUACCAAUGAACGCCCAUAUUCGUGCAGCGUAUGCCGGCAACGUUUCAAAUAUCUCGGCGACAAAAACAAACAUGAACGUCGUCACGAAAGUCUCGGUGGUGCAGGCUUCAAGCGUAUUGUACCUGGAAGAAAUGUCAAACAGAAGAAUUCGUUGCGUGUUCGCAAUUCCGACGAAUCUGAUCAGGAAGAUUCCAUCAAGCGCCCGGAGAGUCAAUUGGGUAUUACCGAAGAGCAAUUCGAGGAACAACAGGAAGAACAAUAUGACAAUUUACCGGAAGGACAAAUAGUCAAAUUCGAAGAAGUUAAAUUUGAAGCUGGAGAUCAAUAUGAACAGGUGUAUGAGCAGGAUUAUGAAGAAACUUCGAGAGAAGCAUCGGAAGCUACUGAAUUAAUCAUGAACAUAGAAGAUUCCAAUAUGUAUACUGAAGAAGUUACGGCCGAUAGUAUAGAGUCAAGUGCAGAGAUCAUAACAGAUGAAAUUAUGACGAAUGAUAUUUUGCAAUCUGGCACUGCGGUGGUGUUGCAAAGCGAAGAUGACUCAGGGAAGAUUCAAGUGAUACCCAUACCAGUGGUGCUAUCUCUGGCCGAUGCAAAUACUGAAGUUAAUCUCCCGACCGCGUCAAUCAUGUAUAACAAUUAGAUUUUUCUUGACAGAACUUUCUGUAAAUUAAAUG